CGCGAAUAUGAACGCGACCAGAGAAAACGACCCCGAUGAAACCGACACGGUCAGCGGCGCAGACAAUCGUCGCCACCGACAAGAAGAUGAGGAGGAGGCCGAGGAGAUCAACCCCCAGUCGCGCGGCGUUGCCGUCGACGAGCCGUCCCUUAUGCUCUCAAUCGCGUACGCCUUUUUGGCGGCCAGACGCCGGAUUGUCGAAAACGGAAAUGUAACAAGCCUUUACUACCCCAAAAUGACAUUCCACACGACGCGGAUGGAAGAUAUCGUGGAACAGGCCAUCAUAGACGAAGACACAUUCGGCCAUAAUUAUGAGUUCGUCGACACUUUCCGGUACUACCGCAAGAAAGAUGAAGGAGACAGACUGGCAAAUCUAGAUGAUCUCAAAGAGAUAGAAGCCAUCUCUCGAUCCAUGACAGCAGCGGUACAAACCCCUUUAACCUCCUUCUCCCUGGCUCCAAAACUCUAACAAUCCAUCAGGCCAGAAACAACUCGGCGUCUGAUACGGGUCGAAUGGAUCAUCGCCAAUCCAGCGUUGCUCGGUCCCAAGUUUCCGAAUCGCUCUCUU